AUGAGCUUUGUGCUCCCGGCCCUCAGCCUCUGCCCCAAAGCUGCCAUCCAGAUCCUGACCUCAGGGCUGGGCACCCUGAGCAAACUUUGCCUCCCGCACCGAGAGAUGUCUUGCUGCAGACCCUGUCCCCCACGGCCCUGCGGCCCCUGUGGCCCAACGCCCCUUGCCAGCAGCUGCACUGAGCCCUGCAAUGCCCGCUGCGCUGACUCCACCGUGUACAUCGAGCCUUCGCCGGUGGUGGUGACCCUGCCGGGCCCCAUCCUCACCUCCUUCCCUCAGAGCACAGCCGUGGGAUCCUCUCUGUCAGCUGCUGUGGGCAGCUCCCUCAGCACCGCGGGGGUUCCCAUCUCUUCUGGGGGCUCCCUUGGCCUGGGGGGCUCAGGCCUGUGCCUGCCUUUCUCCCGCUGCGGUCAGAUCUGCUGA